UUUAAGCUCCACUGCACAGAAUGCAAUGGGAUUGUAUCGUAAGCCAACAAUCUGGAGAAGGCGGAGAGAGAAAACGAAGUCAAAGGAGAGGAGCAACCAGCCAUGGCCAGCUCUGCCGCAAUCGACGGAGUCGCAGCCGCGGCGCUCCGUUCCGUGAUGCAGCGCGUCCAGCUGGCAGCCCAAAAAUCGGGACGUGUAGCCCACGAGAUCCGAGUGGUGGCAGUGAGCAAGACGAAGCCAGUCUCUGUGCUCCGCCAAGUGUACGACGCCGGCCAUCGCUGUUUCGGCGAAAACUACGUCCAAGAACUCGUCGAGAAAGCUCCUCAGCUUCCGGAAGAUAUUGAGUGGCAUUUUAUUGGGAAUUUGCAGAGCAACAAAGUAAAGCCCCUUCUAACUGGUGUACCCAACCUUGCAAUGGUAGAGGGUGUGGAUGAUGAGAAGAUUGCAAAUCGUCUUGAUACUGUAGUUGCUAGCAUUGGCAGAAAGCCUUUGAAAGUCUUGCUCCAAGUGAAUACCAGUGGAGAAGAAUCAAAAUCUGGUGUUGAGCCCUCUGGAUGUGUGGAGCUCGCAAAGCAUGUCAGUUUGGGCUGUCCAAACCUUGAGUUUUGUGGUCUAAUGACAAUUGGGAUGCUGGAUUAUACAUCUACACCAGAAAACUUUAAGACUUUAGCGAACUGCAGAACUGAGGUGUGCAAGGCACUUGGAAUACCAGAAGAGCAAUGUGAACUUUCAAUGGGCAUGUCUGCAGACUUCGAGCUAGCUAUCGAAUUGGGCAGCACAAAUGUGAGAAUUGGAUCUACAAUAUUUGGGGCGAGAGAAUAUCCAAAGAAACAAUCAAAUUAGCCGGACAAACUUGAAUUAUUUUCUUGUAAUUUUGUGCACUGAUUUUGGCAAAUUGUAGUCUAUGCCAUUUUGGAUAUGUAAUUCAAACUGUAUCUUGUAACUUGAACAGAUAAGUGAACUUGAAUAAAUAAUUUACAUGAGCA